UCCGAAGAGAAAAAGGACAAUUCUUCUUCCUUGCUUCUUGGUGAUCACUGUUAUAUGAUGCCUCCUAAGGCAAUAAAGCAUCGUCGAAGUCUACUUCCCAAUACCCUUAGCUACCUUCCUGAUAAUGUAAUCGAUGUCAUUCUGUUGCGUUUGCCUUGUGAAGAUGCUGUGAGGACAAGCAUCUUAUCAAAGAAAUGGAGGUAUCACUGGUGUAGACUUACAGAGUUGAAGAUUGAUGAAUCUCUUUGGAAAACAGAGAAGGAUUUACUGAACCCUACAGUUAAAUUUACAAAGAUUAUGUAUCAGCUUUUGAGCCUUCAUGAAGGACCCAUUACUAAGUUUACCCUCGAUGUUGUUCAUCUAGCAAGUUGUCCCGAGAUCGACAACUUCAUAUAUUUCCUCUCGAGGAAUGACAUUCAACAUCUUGUACUUAACCUUUCACUUGGAAAGGAAUACAAAUUGCCUUCUUCACUUUUCACAUGUUUGCAGCUGAGGCAUCUAAGUCUUUGUUAUUGCUCAAUACAACAUCCAUCAGCCUUUCAAGGAUUUGACAAGUUAAUUAGCCUGAAAUUAUGUGAAGUCAAUAUUUCUUCUGAGUUGCUGGAAAGUUUAAUAUCCCAUUGCCCGUUGCUUGAGGAGUUGGAGCUGGAUAUCGAAGACCAGUCAGACACAAUUGAAAUUAAUGCCCCCAUGUUGAGAUUGUUCAAUCUCUCAGGCAAUAUAAGUUCUGUCUGCCUAAAGAAUGUCCCUCGUCUGGUAAAAGUAUUGUUGUAUGGUGACUAUAUUAAAGCAGAGGAUCUUGAUUUUGCAAAGCUUUUCGAGUGUUGUCCUGCUCUCGAGCACCUCCUCUUUUUCUCCUUUGGUUCCGAGUUCUCUGCUGGAGCAGGAUAUGAAGCACCAACAAGACUCCCGUUUAAUCUUAACAGCGUCAAACGAUUUUACCUGCGUGGCAUUAAGCUGGUGGAAUCAUAUAUGCUCUCAUAUGCUCUUUGCUUGAUAAGAAGUUUCCCGUAUUUAGAAUAUCUCGAAAUAAAGAUUCAUGAAUAUGGAUUUGACUAUGAAGAUGAAGAUGAUGAACCUAUUCCAGAACCCCUUGAGCUCAAACAUUUAUGGGACGUGACAUUUAAUCACCUCAAGGAAGUUAAGCUAGUCUACGUAUCAGGAACAACGUCUGAGUUGCUGCUUAUCAAGUUUUUGUUAGCCGAGUCCCCAGUGUUGGAGAGAAUGCUAAUUGAUCGACAGUAUCUUGAUCAUGAACAUCUCGACACAAGAUUACAAAUAUUCGCGGAGAUAUCAAAUUUUUCGCGUGCAUCACCUAAAGCAGAAGUUGUCUACAUAGAUUUAAGCUGAUCUUUGUCUUGCAA